AUGGGUAGACAUGAGGAUCAUCUGUUUCAACUGGAAUCGCACAAAUUUGAGAGAGGACGAGGCAGGUGCCCUUUUGACCCCAGUUCUUCCUUCACCUCCAUCUUAAUUGGUGGUGAACUUUUUACUGGACUCUACAGCGACUACUGGGGAAGAGAUGCUGCUCUGUUUCAUACUAUGAAUCGUAUGUCACAUAUCCGAACUGAACCGGAUAAUGAACGUCUGCUGAAAGAACCAAAGUUUGUUGGCUCUUACAUGAUUCCUGACAAUGAGGACCAUGAUGAUAACAAAGUAUAUUUCUUCUUCACUGAAAAAGCAUUGGAGGCAGAGACGAGCACCCAUGCCAUCUAUACCAGAGUAGGACGUGUGUGUGCGAAUGAUAUGGGAGGACAACGGAUGCUGGUGAAUAAAUGGAGCACUUUCCUCAAAACCAGGCUAGUCUGCUCUGUGCCAGGGAGAAAUGGAAUUGAUACACAUUUUGAUGAAUUAGAGGAUGUGUUUUUACUACAAACUCGGGAUAACAAAAACCCAGUGAUAUUUGGACUCUUCAACACUACAAGCAAUAUAUUUAGAGGAUAUGCUAUAUGUGUCUACCAUAUGGCAAGUGUUCGAGCAGCUUUCAAUGGACCAUACGCUCAUAAAGAAGGACCAGAAUACCACUGGGCUCUAUAUGAAGGAAAAGUACCUUAUCCUAGACCUGGUUCAUGUGCCAGCAAAGUAAAUGGCGGUCUGUACACUACCACCAAAGACUAUCCUGAUGAAGCUGUCCAUUUUGCAAGGAGCCACCCACUCAUGUAUCAGCCCAUCAAGCCUGUUCAUAAGAGACCAAUACUAGUUAAAACAGAUGGAAAGUACAAUCUUAAGCAAAUAGCAGUGGAUAGAGUGGAAGCUGAAGACGGGCAAUAUGAUGUCUUAUUUAUUGGCACAGAUAAUGGAGUUGUGCUGAAAGUAAUUACAAUUUACAAUCAAGACAAAGAAUCAAUGGAAGAAGUGAUUCUUGAAGAGCUGCAAGUAUUCAAGGAGCCAGUUCCCGUCAUUUCUAUGGAAAUCUCUUCAAAAAGGCAACAGCUCUAUGUUGGGUCUGAGUCGGUCAUAGCGCAAAUCAAGUUCCAUCAGUGUGACAUGUACGGUACAGCCUGUGCCGACUGCUGUCUCGCUCGAGAUCCCUACUGUGCUUGGGAUGGCAUAUCUUGUUCCCGAUACUAUCCUACAGGAAUUCAGGCAAAGAGACGUUUCCGCAGACAAGAUGUUCGCCAUGGAAAUGCAGCACAGCAGUGCUUUGGACAGCAGUUCAUUGGUGAAGUCAUGGAGAAGACUGAGGAGCGACUGGUUUAUGGGAUUGAAUACAACAGCACCCUCCUGGAAUGUACCCCAAGAACUUUGCAAGCAAAAGUAAUCUGGUUUGUCCAGAGAGCACAUGACACUAAAAAGGAAGAGGUGAAGACAGAUGAUAGAAUAAUCAAAAUGGACCUUGGCCUCUUAUUCCUGAAGCUGCACCGACUGGAUGCAGGGACCUAUUUUUGCCAGACAGUGGAACACAGCAUUGUUCAUACUGUCAGGAAAAUCACCCUGGAAAUAGUCGAGGAAGAACGUGUAGAUGAAAUGUUCAAUAAAGACUAUGAGGAGGAAAUACCUCACAAAAUGCCAUGCCCAAUCCAGAGCAGUAUACCUCAGGCAUCAAAGCCAUGGUAUAAGGAGUUUCUUCAAUUAAUUGGUUACAGCAACUUCCAGAGGGUUGAAGAAUAUUGUGAAAAAGUGUGGUGUACAGAUAAGAAGAGAAAAAAGCUCAAAAUGUCUCCAUCCAAGUGGAAAUAUGCCAACCCACAGGAGAAGAAGGCAAAGCUCAGGCCAGAGCAUUAUCGAUUGCCAAGGAACAUAGCUGACUCUUGAUGGACCAAAUCUAUCUAUUGUUACUGUGAGAAUUUUUAUUUGGACUUCAGAAUGAGGGAUAAAUCAGUCUUGGUUUUGGUAAAUGCCACAGGCUUAUAUAUAUAUAACAUAUUGGGACUAAAACCAGAAAUGCUAUGGUAAGUUAUACUGUAUAUUCUCGAUGACUGUUUAGAAGCAUUUUAAACAAAAUCUCCCUGGUUCUAAAUAGGUCAGCACAGUCAGAGUUUCACAUUAAGGACAUG